AUGUUGCCAAAUCCAACAGGCAAUGCUUUGAAUGACUCUGAUAUAUCUUUGGAAGGGACUGAAGUUCAUAGUGUUGAUCAAUCUGGACAAAUGAUGAGAUCACUAAAGACACCUGCGAGACAACACACAGCAUUAGAAGACUCAAGUUCAACCGCAUCUAGUCCAUUCAUAUCUAAUCCGGAGGAAUUGAUGAUGUCACGAAUUACGACAAGAGAUGAGUACUCUGAUCUUGAUGAUAAACAGGAAAUUGAUUCUGUUGUUGAUGGGCUUGAUGGUUUACGUAUUGAAAGUCCUAAUAUUUCUAGAUUAGAUUCCACUCGAAUAAAUGAUACGAGGGCCCAACUUGAUCUGGAUUUUGAUCUUGAUGAUUCAGAUGAUAUCAUUCCGAGCGCAUCAAGAAAAAGUCGUCUGAGGAAUACGUGGAGUAACCUAAGAACCUCUUCUGUAGAUAUGUUCAGGCCUCCACAUUCUGCUUUUUCUCAGAAGGAAUAUACUAAGAACGAUUCUUAUGUCAAGACUGAUAUGAUUCCACGUUUCUUGACGCAAGAUGCAAUAUCAAGUUCAUCCCGUGUAGAUGAACUUAAUAAACAAAUCACUGGUUAUAAAAUUCAGGUCAAGUUUUUCCGCCAAUUUCUCCAAAGUCUAAUUGAUAAAGCUAGAAAUGAUUCAUCCGGCACAACUAGCUCUUUCAGCUUAAGUGAGUUAACUGACUUCCAAAGUAAUUUUAAUGAAAUCGCUCCUCAAGCUUUGGCACGAACCGAAUUAGUAAAGUUGGAACUGGACUACAACAAUCUCGCUGAAACAUAUGAUCUGAUUUACCAACUCAAUCAAGACUUAUAUGAGAAUUUAGAACAGUUUGAAAAGCAGUUAAAAGAAAAGUCAUGUCAGUUGGAGGAGCAACGUAGUUAUAUUGAAUCGUGUUCUAAAAUAGUGGAUGAGGUUUUCCUUAUUCUAAUUUCCGGCAACGAAAGAGAUCGUAAUCCUAAACCUGAUAUAGCUGUUUUUGUUGAGUAUUCCAAGAAACCCCUUGACCUGAAAAUUCAAUCAGUUAGGACGGAAUUGAGCAAAAGGGCUGAACUGUCUUAUCAGAAAAACUACCCUUCGCCGCCCUCGUCUAACCGAGACAGUCAUCAUGCCACGUCUUCUGCGGAUAAUGAGAGUAUAACCAGUUUGAUGAAGGCAUUGCAAGACCUUCAGAGUCAACAUUCAGAAUAUCAACUUAAAACAUCUGAAGCUGAAGCUGAACUCAGGACAGAACUACAGGAGUCAAAACAUUUUAAGGAACAAUAUCAGGAUUUAUUGAAGAAAUAUAAUGAGCUUUGCAGCACAGUGGAAAAUUCUCCAGAUAAAAAAAUUAUAGGAAAUGAAGACGAACUGAAACAGAAAAUGGAGAACAAACUUCGGGAAUAUGAAGCUACAAUCAGUGACCUUCAAAAGGAAUUAUCUCUCCAAAAACAAGAUGAGAAUGACAGUAUCAAUGAAACCAUUGCCAAACUUUUAAAUGACUCUAGAAGUCUGGCAGAGUCCGAGAUACAGAAGCAAUCAGUACAGUGGAAAAGAGACUUUAGGCAAUUGAAUGACGAUCUCGGCGAACUAACCCAGGAAUAUCUCAGAUCAAAGAAUGAAUCAUCUAAAACAAUAGAAGAGCUCCUGAAGAAAUUAGAUAAUAGGAGACUUGAAAUUAAAAGCUUAAAGGCGAAUCAAGUAGAAUUGAAUAGGUUAAAAGAUGACUUGGAACGUUCCAUUGAAGUUCAGAGAAAAUUGAAAGCUGAGAAAAUAAAGCUUUCAUAUAGUAUUGAAGCUCUCACCAAUGAGAAAGUCUCUUUACAGUCAACAAUCGGGAGUUUGACUGACAAAAUUACUUCUUUAGUCAUAGCUGCAAACAACAAUCAAGAUAACAAUAGAAAUUCAGACCUGCCUUUGGAAGCUCAGUUACGAGAGUUCUUAUUAUUUGAUGUAUGCGAGUUUCAGAAGUUCUUAAGCUCUUUCAAUAAGAUAGCGGAUGACAUCUCCUUGAAAGAACCAACUAGAAAGAUCGAGGUAUUACGGCAGAGAUUAAAAAAGAACAAACCAAUCAGUUCAGGAACAGAUUGGAGUGCCGUAACAAUGGAGUAUCAUAAAUCUGUUUUUGAAUACUUCAGUAGAGCCGUUGAUAUUAUUGUUAACGAUCAUGUCAAACUACUAUUGAAGGAAAAUGACACUAAUACUCAGCAUAGCACAUAUAUAUCAAAAUUGCAUAAACGCAUUGAUGACCUCAAUGCUGUCAAUGAAUCCUUGUCCAAUCAGCUUAGCAUGCAAGAGUUUGAUAAUCAGUCUGUGGAUGAUUCAGGUAAUACUAGUUCACCGGUAGCCAAAUUGAGAAUUGAAGAGCUUUCCAAAAGAUGGAAAUCAGAAAGAGAGGCUAGAGUUUAUGAGAAUAAUGAAGCACGUAUUAGGUUGAAAGAGUUGGAACAAGAGAAUUUACGAUUACGAUCCCAACUUCAUACCUCUUGA